ACCAGUUUGUCGUCAUUCAUUGCCAAAAGCCAAUACAGCGUGCAAUAUCCUUCACCAUUAUACCAUACGUGGUUAGCAUUGGCCUAUAACCCCAACAGUUGCUGUCUGCAUUGUUCCAUCAGGCCCGAAUAUUUAUCCAAAAGCAUCACGACUAUCGAGAAGUCCCUGUAUUAAGGCAUAUUCGUCUUAAAUUUUCGCAUUAUUGUAUUUUCUCUACUCGCGUCCUUUAUAAACACAGAAUUACAUUACACGUAUUCAUUAUUGUCUCAUGACAUACACAAAGCCAGUGAUAUCGCUCCCUGCAGUGUGUCAGACUCCUCCCGAAGCCCAAUACACGGUAAUAUUUCUCCAUGGGCUCGGCGACUCAGGCCAGGGCUGGUCGUUCAUUGCCAGCGCCGCGCGCAACUACAAGCUCGACCACUUCAACUUCAUCUUCCCGUCUGCCCCAGAUAUACCUUCGUCACUCAACUUUGGCAUGGUAAUUCCGGCCUGGUACGAUCUAAAGUCGCUCCACAACGUACGUGCUGACGAGGAUGUGGACUCCAUCGAGAUGUCGCUUGAAUACGUAACGCUGUUGGUCGAGGAAGAGGUGACACGCGGGGUACCAAUGGAGCACAUCAUAGUGGGUGGCUUCUCCCAGGGCUGUGCCCUUUCGCUCUUGCUUGCAGCCACACUAGGCGAGCGAAUGGGUGGCUUCAUUGGGUUGUCCGGCUACAUCCCGAUGCUAGAUACCGUCAAGCACAUCAACUGUACUGAUCCGGACCUUGCGCGAGCAAAUAGUACCACACCUAUCUUUCUUGCCCAUGGGGAGAAGGAUAACGCCAUCAAGUUUGAGUUGAGCAGAGAGAACGAGGCAUGUCUCCGCGACUGGGGCUUCCAAGACAUUACGUACAAGCAGUACAAGGGCUUGAGCCAUAGCACUAAUGACGAGGAAAUCGAUGACGUGAUGAAGUGGUUGGUCCGUGUGAGCGAACUAGAAUUAGCAUAGCAAGCGGGCAUAAAGAUAAAUGAGGAGCAAUACUUAAUUAUGACAAUGAGUAAAAAUGAGAGUGGAAAGAAUAAUAUGGAUGGCGUGACACAUGUGUGGAGAGUGAUAAAACAUCUAUAUAAUCAAGACUUCGAAUAUACGC